AUGACCAAGGAAACCGAUGAAAAGCCAGCAGAUGGCUGUCCAGAAGGAUCCCCACCGUUGGGAAAUGCUGCUAGACCAGAGUCUAUAUUGGUUCCUUUAACUCACCCGAACGGCGUCUCCAUAUUUCCGGAGCUGUCCCCUUCUGAGCAAGAGCAGCUAUCUCUCGAAGCGCUUGACCAAGCUGAAGAAUCAAUCAUCGCCGAUAGUGCAGAGAGCACCGAUGGCGGAGCUGGCGACAACACAUCUGAUGGCACGGCAUCUGACGCCGGCUAUGACAGUGACAGUGCCACCUCUGCCAGCACAUCUGCCAUGUCCUCGGUCCGCGAUUACAUGUAUGAGAAUGGCCGGCGGUAUCAUCGAUUCCGUGAAGGCAGCUACAACUUCCCCAAUGACGAUGUCGAGCAGGAGAGGGAAGAUAUGAAGCACGCCAUGGUCAAACUACUGUGCAGCCAGAAGUUGCACUUUGCCCCCAUCGGUGAGAAUCCCCAAGAGAUGCUCGAUAUAGGAACAGGGACGGGCAUUUGGACGAUUGAAAUGGGAGACAGAUUCCCCAGCGCUCACAUUCUGGGAAUCGACCUGUCGCCCAUCCAGCCGGACUGGCUGCCGCCCAACGUCCGAUUCAUGGUCGACGACGUGGAAUCACCGUGGCUGCAUCCCCGAAACCAUUUCGACUACAUUCAUUCUAGGCACACCGUCAUGGCAGUACGAGAUUGGAUGAAGCUCUUUCGAAGAGCCGUAGAGCAUCUCAAGAUCGGCGGCUGGAUCGAGCUCCAAGAAAUCCACCACACCCCCAAAAGUGCCCUUGCGGGUGGAAACGGGGAAUUGCCCUCGGAUCACCCCGUCGCCCGCUUUUGGAAGCAUGUGACGGACGGGCUAGCCGCCCUUGGCAUUGAUCUGGAUGCCGUAUCCGAUGGAAGGCUAUCCGACAUGAUGCACCGAGCAGGCUUCACCAAUGUCACGGAACGCGUGCUACAUGUGCCCAUCGGGACAUGGCCCAAGAACAAGGUCCUCAAGACAGUCGGUCUCUACUGGCGGACCAUUCUCCUGGACGGGCUGCAGGCGAUUGCCCUGGGCCCCUUGACUCGGGGCCUUGGGUGGAACCGGGAGCAGGUCGAGUUACUCCUGAUCGAGGUUCGGCGGGCGUACUUUGACAAUGCUCCGCUCAUGUACAUGCCGUUUCACGUCAUUUACGGACAGAAGCCGUAG